AUGUAUUCUUAUUGGGUUGUCUUUGGCAAAUCAUGUCAUCUUCCUGUGGAGAUAGAGCACCGAGCCUAUUGGGCUAUGAAGACCUACAACUUCUCCAUUGAUCAUGCUAAAGAGGAAAGAAGAUUGCAACUGAGUGAGCUUGAUGAGAUCUGCCUGGAAGCCUACGAGAACUCUAAGUUCUACAAGGAGAAAACCAAGAAGUUCCAUGAUAGUUUGAUAGCUAGAAAGGACUUCACGGUCGGGAAGAAAGUUUUACUGUAUGAUUCAAGGCUCGGUCUCAUGGAUGUCGAGAUCAAAAGUGAAUCCACAAACAAGAGCUUCAAAUUUAAUGGGCAUCAUUUUAAGCCUUUCCUCAGCAAUCCUUUCGUGUUGAAUGCAGUUGUAGAGGAGAUGUCUCUGCUCGACCCCACUUCUCUCCCGCCAUGA